UAGCCUAUAAUAUCAAUUUAUGCACUAGGAAAACAAUAAGAUAGAACAGCAAAAAUGGAACCAUUUACAUUGCAUGAUAUGCUCAUAAACUCAACGAAUCUUUAUAAGAUAUUAUGUGACUUUGGAAUCAAGAAUGUCUCAGAGUGUGAGGAUGACAGCGAGCCUCCUCCGGAACCGAAAGAUUUGAAUCAGACGGUACGUAUCUUCCUCUAUAGCCUCAUCUUCCUGGUCAGCGUGCUGGGUAACAGCCUGAUCAUCGCCGUGUUGGUCCGGAACCGCCGCAUGCGCACCGUCACCAACCUGUUCCUGCUCUCUCUGGCCGCCAGCGACCUGAUGCUCUGCCUCUUCUGCAUGCCCUUCACCCUCAUCCCCAACCUCAUGAGGGACUUUGUGUUCGGCUCGGGCAUCUGCAAGGUGGCCAUGUACUUCAUGGGGAUCUCGGUGAGCGUCUCGACCUUCAACCUGGUGGCCAUUUCCCUGGAGCGCUACAGUGCCAUCUGCAACCCCCUGACCUCCCGGACCUGGCAAACCAAGUCCCACGCCGCCAAGGUCAUCUCUGCCACCUGGGUGGUGAGCUUCCUGUUCAUGCUGCCCUACCCCAUCUCCAGCACCCUGGUGCCCUUCACCCGGGUCAACAACAGCACGGGCAACAUGUGCCGCCUGGUCUGGCCCAGUGAUGUCAUCCAGCAGUCCUGGUAUGUGUCCCUGCUGCUGCUUCUCUUCCUGGUUCCUGGGAUCAUGAUGAUGACAGCCUAUGGCCUCAUCUCCCUGGAGCUCUACAGGGGCAUCAAGUUUGAGAUGGCCAACAGGAAGUCCAGCAGAGAGAGACAGUGCAGCACAGGCAGCAUCAAACCCGGCGACAACGACGGCUGCUACCUUCAGCCCGCCAAGAAGAAGAAGGGCGAGCUCGCCCACCUCCAGAACCCUCCCUCGACCCCCAGCUCUAAUGUGACCAGCAACAGCAGAGACAACGUGGGCAGCAACAAGUCCAAGCUGAGCCGCGUGUGCAGCAACAGCUCCACCUGUAACCUGAUGGCUAAGAAGCGUGUGAUCCGCAUGCUCCUGGUCAUCGUCUGUCUCUUUUUCCUUUGCUGGACGCCCGUGUUCGUCGUUAACGCCUGGCGGGCUUUCGACCGCCAUUCUGCCGACAAGCUCCUCUCGGGGGCGCCGAUAUCCUUCAUCCACCUGUUGUCGUACACCUCCGCUUGUGUCAACCCCAUUAUAUACUGCUUCAUGAAUAAGCGUUUCCGCCAAGGGAUUCUGUCCACCUUCACCUGCUGCAGCAGCCCCAAGGCCGGUGGAGUAGGGAGGGGGGCUGGGAGUAGGAUGGGGACGGGGAGAGGGGGAGGAAGAGGAGGGAUGAGGAGUGGAGAGGAGAAUGGGCACACGCCGCAGAGUGGUAAUAACACGCGCUUCACGUACAGUAGUAUCCGUGGCUCCGCCCAGGCUUAGCUUCCUUUCUCCAUCA